GCAGCGGCAGCGGCUGGUGCUCAGUCUGGGACUGAAAGUUCUACUUAGAGCUCGUAACUCCCCGGGACAUGGCACACGGGCUGUCGUUACGCACGGGGCUGAGGCUGCUGCUCACCCCACCAACUACACCCCUAAGCCAGGACUAAGCUGGACACUUACCUCUAGCCACUUACAUACACCAUGGCUCCCUGCCAGCCACUUAACAGCACCGGCACUUUCUCAGAACUGGACAGCAGCAAUGGCACCAGCUGGCUCAGCCUGUCCCAGAGGUGGAUGUUGGGGGCAGUUCUGUCCUUCAUGGUCCUGCUCAUUGUGUUUGGGAACCUGUUGGUCAUUAUAGCAAUUGCCAAGACCCCUCGGCUGCAGACCAUGACCAAUGUGUUCAUCACCUCCUUGGCUUGCGCCGAUCUCAUCAUGGGACUUCUCGUGGUGCCACCAGGGGCCACUAUUUUGGUCACCGGAGACUGGCUGUUUGAGACCACAGUGUGUGAGCUAUGGACCUCAGUGGACGUUCUGUGUGUGACGGCCAGCAUAGAGACGCUGUGUGUGAUAGCUGUGGACAGAUAUAUUGCUAUUACCUCCCCUCUCAAGUAUGAGAUGCUGGUGACCAAGGCCAGGGCCCGCCUGACUGUAUGUCUUGUGUGGGCCAUCUCUGCCCUCAUCUCUUUCCUACCCAUCAUGAACCGCUGGUGGAGAGACACCCACAAUGAAGAAGCCAAGAGGUGCUACGACAACCCCAAGUGCUGCGAUUUUGUCACCAACAUGCCCUACGCCAUUGUCUCCUCCACCAUCUCCUUUUACGUGCCUUUGGUCAUCAUGAUUUUUGUCUACGUCAGGGUCUUCAUCGUGGCCACCAGGCAGGUCAAACUGAUAGAAAAGGACAAGGUAAGGUUCAAUGGGACGCCGGUGCCCACCAACAAAAACAGGAGGACUUCCAGGAGGAGACCAUCUGGACUUCUAGCCAUCAAGGAGCAUAAAGCUCUCAAGACUUUGGGCAUCAUCAUGGGCAUUUUCACCCUGUGCUGGUUACCCUUCUUUGUGGCGAACAUCAUUAAAGUUUUUUGCAGGUCGUUUAUAGAUGACAAUGUGUUUCUGUUCUUGAACUGGUUGGGGUACAUCAACUCAGGGCUGAACCCUAUCAUCUACUGCAGGAGCCCUGAUUUCAGACGGGCUUUCAGGAAGCUUCUGCGUUGUCCGAGGACUGUUGACCGCAAGUUGCACUCCUUUUCCAAGGACCUAAUGAGGCACCCCUAUACUUCCGGCACUCAUUUGGACUGUGAUGGGAUCAAACAAGUAGCCGAUGGACAGGAACCGGGGAACGGCAGCCUGAGCAGUAGCAGUAGGUGCAGUAGCAGAACCGAGGAAACCAGCCUGAAGAAUGGCAAUGGCAACUCCAACCAUAAACAGUCUGACAUUUAACCUCGCCUUCACCUUCCUCAGGAGCCCCUCUCCUCCAAGGUGCACAGCAACUAAACCAAACAGGGGGUCAGUAAUUGUUGUGUGUCCACAGAGUGAAGGGACAUAGUGUCUCAAUAGUACAGCCUAGGCUCUGUAAACCAGGAACACAUGACUGCUGCUAUUAUAUGUAUAGUAUUAAUUGGACACGCUGGGGGACAGCAGCCUAGUUCUGCUCCGGAGGAAUGAGCAGACAGUCAAUAUUUAUGCACUUACACAGUCCAUGUUGCUGAUACAGCCGUGCGUCAGGGAAAACUACUGACUUACAUGACUUACAUGUUCAAAUAUUUUUAUAACUUGUAAGCAGCUCCAAAGAAUAUGUCCAUGAAUAUUUUGCUAAUGCGUUGUGUUACCUAUUUAUAUGAAUUGUAUAUACUAUUGCACAUGACCACUAAUGGAGGGGGGAGAGUCUCAGCCACUGAGCAAAAGUACAGUCUGAAUCCAUUGCACUGUAACGGUCACAGGGGCAGUGAGAAAACAAAUGAUAAAUGGAAUAACUUCUUAGAUUUAUAUACAUUUCCAUUGGUUUUAAAUGUAUUUGGUAAAUGGAAUCCGUAUGGAAAGCCAUAUCUCUGCACUGCUGGGCCUGACUCUUGAAACAAUGUCAAUAUGGAAAGAGGACAGUUGCUGAAAUUAUAAAUGCAAAUAACCUUAAAACCAUUUGGAAAUGUGCAAUGAAUGUACCUUGAAAAUCUGCUUGGAAAUUCUUUUUGGAGUUUACUUCCCCUUUUAUAAAAUUAUGUUUUGAUAUCCCAAGACAGUUUGCAUUGUUUCUCAUUUUUAUUUAUUGCUUUUAAUAUUAUCCUAUCACUUAUGUCGCUGCUGGGGUCACUGACCCCAAGUAACCAGCGACUGGAAAAUAAACAGGAAAGAUGUAAUUUAAAUGAAUACUUAAUAUCCACCCUUACUGUCAGUUUCUUUUCUUUUUUUCACAGACCUUAGCAGCCAAUCAUUUUAAAUUCCAGUAAAUAGAUUUAGUUUUCAUUAGUUUAAAGAAUGUUUACAACAGGAACUUGGCUAUGUGUGAUGCCGAACUACAAUUCCCCUGCCACUUCAGACACCAGAGGAUGCUGGGAAUUGUAGUUUUUCCCUAGAUAAAAAGCAAAGGAUGCCAUGGCUAAUUUUGUUUGUACAAAAAUAUAAUAUCGCCUCUAAAUGUGGUAGCUGAGUGUCAUGCCACUCUUUUCCAUAACAUUUCAGAAGUCAUAAUUGUUAUUAUCAAGAGUUACCAUAUACUCUGUCCUGUGAUAGGAUUUUUUUUUAAUUUGUCUGUACAGGGCACAGGAAAACAUUGUAUAUGAGUUGUACAAUUCUGAUGUAUCAUAGUAUGCCUACAAUAUGUAUAUACCGUGCUAAUGUCUGGAGUUAAUUUUUUUUUUAUAUAAAAUUAAACACAGAUAUACAGAA